AUGUCCGAAACAGAUGCCCUGCUGGGCAAUGGCAGAGCCCAUAAACCACCCCGGCUAUCCCGGCUAUCCAAACACCUGCGCAGCGAACUCGACCCUACGUACGGCGACCUGAUCCUUCUCUUCUGCUAUAUCAUCACUGGCCUACUCGACAGCUCAGCGGUCUUCAUAUGGGGCUCCUUUGUGAGCAUGCAAACCGGCAACACGGUAUAUUUUGGACUGGGACUCGUCGGAACCGAAGAUGAUCGCUGGAUCAAAUCCGGAGUCUCCAUCGCGGGGUUCUGUCUAGGCUCGCUGUGUUUCGCCACCUUCCACCGUGUCUUCCCGGCAAGACGCAGAUGGGUACUAUGUGCGUCGUUCCUGGCUCAAACCCUGUUUGUGUCCAUUGCCGCUUUGAUAGUUACCAUAUAUCGACCGGCCCGCGAUGCGCCCCUGAGUUGGUUGGUCCUCGUCCCGGUUGCGCUCGUGGCGUUCCAGAGUAGUGGGCAGGCCGUGACGAGUCGUGUUUUGAACUUUAGCGGCUUGACUAGUGUUGUUCUUACUAGUAAUUAUUGCGACUUGUUUUCACACCCUGAUCUGCUCACGAGGAAGGUCGUCGGUCAUGCUGAGGAGAUGCGGCGGCUUGGCGCAGUCUUGUGCUUAUUGCUCGGGGUCGUCUUGGGGGGUCUUUGGGCUCAUAGCUCUGUCGGCAUGAUGGGAGCUUUGUGGACAGCAGCUAUCUUGAAGUUAUUGAUUGUGGGCGCGUGGCUGGUCUGGAAAGGAAAGAGUGACGGGAAUACGGAAUGA